CUAUAGAUGUAUAAAUUUGAGAUUUUUAAAUUUAGGAUUUCCCUGUUUGUAACUUGCAAUAGUUAAAAAUAAGUAAGAAACCAUUUAGAUCUAUAGUCUACAUCUAGAAUCUAAUAUUGAAAGAUCUAGUCUAGUUUGUUGACUCGAUCAAGAUCUAGUACAAAGAUGUCAACCACAUCAAAAAAACAUCAGAACUUUGUGAGUGAGCCGAUGGGGGAAAAGCCAGUGACAGAUUUGGCUGGAAUCGGAGAAGUUCUGGGCAAGCGGCUGGAAGAAAACAACUAUGAUAGGGCCUACACUGUUCUUGGGCAGUUUUUGUUGUUUAAAAAAGAACCUGAACUCUUCAAGGAUUGGUUGAAAGAGACCUGUGGGGCUAAUGCCAAGCAGCAAGAGGACUGUUACAGCUGCCUAAAAGAAUGGUGUGACCAGUUUUUGUAAUGAUGCCACUUGAAAACAGCUUUGAAAUGAGUAAUGCUUUUAUUGUAAUAAAAUGUUUACAAAUAUAUUAAUGUUACUUGGGAAACACACUGUUUAUACUCCCUGUCACAUUGCUUCUUGGCUUAAUAAUUUAGUUAAAUGCUUGUAAUUUUGUGAGGGAAUUUCUGUCUUUAUAACUUAAGUCAUAUUUUGAUUUCGUAAAAUAUUUAUAGACAAAACUAAGUGUAUUCUUAUCUUUGUAAACUUGCGCCAUUUAAAAAGAGAAAAGUUUAAAAAAGUAGACAUGUAAAAAUCACAUUGUGUAAUCUUUAAAUAAUAAAAAAUAUGCAUAAAUAGUGGAAAGUAGUGUAAAUGUAUAGAUAUUUUUUUAGAAAAAUAAUUAUAGGUAUAUUAAUAAAUUAACUUGAACUAUGUUGUCAACAUUUUUCUCUUUUUUUUUUUUUUUGUAUACCAAAAGUGUAAUUGUCUCUGAUUUAAUCUUUUUUUAAUUUUUAUUUCUUCAUUAACUCUUUCUCUCCUAACUGACGAUACCAACGUUGAUUUGACCCCAUUAAAUUAAAUUAAGUUUUGGUUUAUAAACUUAAAUUUGUGUUACAUAAAAAGAGCAUGCAUGCUUCUUAUAAUUAUAUACCUAAUAUAACUUUUUCUGAUUACAUACAAAAUAAGUUAUUGAAGUAAAAUCAUAACAGGGUGGUGAAACACAAAUGAGCAAAAUUUAUAAUUCCAUCGGAAAGUGGAAAAUAAUUACGGAGAGAAAGAGUUAAUUAUAAUAUUUUAUUAGUUCACAAUAUUUAAAAGACUGUAUUUAAAAUUUCUAGUUUGUAUAAAGAUUUUAAAAUACUAGUCUUCUACUUAACUUUGUUAGCUACUGUUUUAAGAUAAUAGAAUAGAUUGUGUUAGCCCAAGAUAAAAAAAAUAGAUUGUUACUUCAAGGUAAAAAAAAUAGAUUGACUAAGCUUGUGUUACCCCAAGAACAAAAAUUGUGUUCCCCCAAGAUAGAACUAGUAUGCCAUACAUUUUCUUUGGUGUUGAAAUGAAAUGUAAUUAUCUAGGGGUUAGGUUUACUAUAUAAUAAUACUAUAUCUUAUAUAAUAAUGUUAGAAAUUUAAGUAAACUAAAUGCUGCUAUAACUUCCUCACUUUCAGUUGGCUAAAAUUAACAAUGCUACUAUAACUGGUUAAACUCUUAAACUAACAACUUUAGCUAAUUGCUUCUUAAACUUCUUAACUACCUAAAACACUGAACUUUAUAACUUACAAAUACAAAAACACUCAGGCAAAAAUGCAUACUGAGUAUUUCUUUUUCCAAAUGCUUGGACAAAUUAGUUAAAAUGUUUCUUUUUUUCUGGUACCAUUUGAAAAUGGAAGGAGUUGCCAGGAAAACCAAUGACUUAGUAGAGUUUAGUCUCUAAUUAACAUGCAUGACUAG